AAAAUGGUGCGCAUGCGCAAUGCAAGACGGGCAGUGACAGCGGCCUCUCCCAUUAUUUCUUAUUGGGUGAUUUUUCUAGCUGUAAGCUAGCUUCGCGCUAAUGUUAGCUAGCCACAGGAGAUAGGGGACAUGUCAGAGCUUCGUAUUUGUUAAUUUUCUUUUUAGUGCGUCUUUUUUUUAAAAAUUGAACAUUGCCUUUAAAUCCAGCUUGAGGCCUUGGUUAGUGUAGCUAGCUAGCUAGGAGCUAAGCUAGCUGAGUUGUAAAUGGCGUCGGAUACGAGUGAUGCCGAGGAAUUUUACGACGCAGCGGAGGAUGUCAACUUGUCUCCGUCGCCGAAUGUGUCACCUGCAAAGUUCGUCCUUCCCCAAUCUCAGGGUCUAGAGAACCCAGUACAGGAAGAAGCUGCUACGUCAGAGCCUCGCCAUGAUGACUCUCUCCAGAUCAUCGACAGUAUUAUAGAGGAGAGUCAGAAAGGGGGCGGAGUCGAGGAGGAUCUGUUGAGCGGUGAGGAGAAAAGCUCCGCCUCCUCACUUCCGGAACCUCCAGUAGCCCCGGAUCUCCCUGCGGCUCCUGCCGAACCCGAUGUCGAACAGGAAGUGAGGUCGCAGGACACACCAGAAACACAGGAAGUGGCUGCUGAUGGAGCUCAGGCAUCUCAGGAAGAAACUUCUCCUCCUCCUCCUCCUCCGGACAUCACGCGCGCUCUGGGGACGUCUCAAUCCGCCGAAGCUAACUCCAUCACAAACACACCCAAAACGGCGGACAUCUUGGAUCAGGUGCCGCUCGGAGACAAACCGGAGUCAGACUCCUCCGGUCCAUCGAAGCCUCCCAGGCAGUUCACGGUAGAGCCGGAUAUCGUAGCUAGCACCAAGAAAGCUCCUCCCACAAGACCACCACCUCCCAGCGGAGCUCCGCCUCCCAGGCCACCGCCGCCGUCUCGCCCCUCUCUCCCCGCCAGUAAAAAAUCUCAGGAAACCAUUCGGCCCACGAGACUGGAGGUGUCUGCAGAGGGAGCGGAGGAGCCGUGCGGAUUGGUCAGUCCCAACUCCAGCGUCAGAGGACUCGCUAAAGAGCUGCAGCACUCUCUGGACCUGGCUAGCGCCACCAGCGGGGAUAAAGUGGUGACUGCGCAGGAAUCUGAUGAGCGACAGCCCAGUCCGAGUGGUGGUGAAACUCCUGGACCACAGAGACCACGCUCUAACUCAGGCAGAGAGCUCACUGAUGAGGAGAUCUUGGCGAGCGUGAUGAUUAAGAACCUGGACACGGGUGAGGAGAUCCCACUGAACCAGGCCGAGGAGAAGCUCCCAGCUGGAAUCAACCCGCUCACACUGCACAUCAUGAGGAGGACCAAGGAGUACAUCACGAACGACGCCGCUCAGUCAGACGACGACGAUAAGAGUCAGCCUCCGCUGACCGACUCGGAUGGAGGGAAACUCAAACAGAAAACCACCCAGCUGAAGAAGUUCCUGGGGAAGUCGGUGAAGCGUGCGAAGCACCUGGCGGAGGAGUACGGCGAGCGCGCGGUGAAUAAGGUGAAGAGCGUGCGGGACGAGGUGUUCCACUCGGAGCAGGACGAGCCGUCCUCCAGCGAUGACGAGGGCAUGCCGUACACACGGCCCGUCAAAUUCAAAGCAGCGCACGGCUUCAAGGGUCCGUUCGACUUCGACCAAAUCCGAGUGGUGCAGGACCUCAGCGGAGAGCACAUGGGAGCGGUCUGGACGAUGAAGUUCUCUCACUGCGGCCGGCUCCUGGCUACAGCCGGUCAGGAUAACGUGGUUCGCAUCUGGGUCCUAAAAAACGCCUAUGACUACUUUAACAACAUGAGGAUCAAAUACAACACAGAAGGUCGUGUCUCACCUUCGCCCUCUCAAGAGAGUCUGUGCUCCUCCAAGUCUGACACUGAAGGAGGGCUGGCAGGAGCAGCAGUGGAGGACUCGGACCUCGAAGACAGAAACGUUCCCUUCAGACAGCUUCCCUUCUGCAAGUAUAAAGGCCACACAGCAGACCUUCUCGAUCUCUCCUGGUCAAAGAACUACUUCCUGUUGUCAUCGUCCAUGGAUAAGACGGUGCGCUUGUGGCACAUAUCGAGGCGAGAGUGUCUCUGCUGUUUCCAGCAUAUCGACUUCGUCACAGCGAUCGCCUUCCAUCCCAGAGACGACCGGUAUUUUCUGAGCGGCUCUCUGGACGGUAAGCUGCGUCUGUGGAAUAUCCCGGAUAAGAAGGUGGCUCUGUGGAACGAGGUGGACGGCCAGACGCGCCUCAUCACUGCAGCCAACUUCUGCCAGAACGGCAAAUACGCCGUCAUCGGCACAUACGACGGACGCUGCAUUUUCUACGACACAGAGCGCCUUAAGUACCAUACGCAGAUCCACGUGCGCUCCACCAGGGGGAGGAACCGCGUGGGCCGCAAAAUUACUGGCAUCGAGCCUCUGCCUGGAGAGAAUAAGAUCCUGGUGACGUCAAACGACUCUCGAAUUCGUCUGUAUGACCUGAGAGACCUGUCGCUGUCCAUGAAGUACAAAGGCUACGUGAACAGCAGCAGUCAGAUCAAAGCUAGCUUCAGUCAUGAUUACUCGUUCAUCGUGAGCGGCUCAGAGGAUAAAUAUGUGUACAUCUGGAGCACGUACCAUGACCUGAGCAAAUUCACCUCUGUACGGCGGGACCGCAAUGACUUCUGGGAAGGAAUUAAAGCCCAUAACGCAGUCGUGACGUCGGCCAUCUUUGCGCCACACCCGGAUCUGAUCGUGCCUCAGGAGCCGGGGGCGGAGAAACCUGAUACCGAGUGCAAGAGCAAUGUCACAGACGAAUCAGAGCCCAUCCCUUCAGGAGCUUUAAAAACAGAUCACACGGAAGUUCUCCUCUCCGCCGACUUCACAGGCGCCAUCAAAGUGUUCGUCAACGUGAAAAAAUACUGAGAGCUUUUAAUCUGACAGACUGUAAAACAGCUUUGUUUUAAAAACAGAGACGAUUCAAUGAGUAUCACUUUAUUGUAUGUCUUUAAUCGGAGGGCUAUAAACCCCGCCUACAGCUCCUUCUUCGUCUACCAGUCGGCUUCUGGUGAGUGCUCUGAGAGGGGGAAGCGGGGGCGUCGUUAAGCCCCGCCCUCUGUGCAGGGAACAGGGACCCAGGAAGUGGAGAUGGUGGAGGAAAAGGAUGGAAAUUGAGGAACAUAUCCAGAACGCAACGCACUUCUUUUAUCUUUCAUCUUUCUUUUCUUUUCUUUGGGCAGACAGUGGUAAUUUACAAACGAGUUUGGUUUGAGUUAAAAGCUAAAAUGUUAUCAGUGCACCCAGGGAUGAAAUCAAACUCAUGCAUAGAAACAUAACACACAAUGAGCCUCAUUUAUCAGUCUUUACAUAAAGGUGUUUGUACAGAGAACUAAAAUUCCCACCAUAUUUAAAAAGUUUGUUAGCGCCGAUUUUCUCAAGCGUAUGUUAAUGAACACCAUUUAGUCGGAAAUUACCAAGCGUGUUAGCGGUACAGCUGAUUUACAUUUAGCAUUUAGUCACGCCCACACAACUCCAUAAAAGGUAAAGCUUGCAGAAGUGACAAUGACAAAAUGGCGGCUAAACGGGGAAAGGGGGCCUCCUAAACACCGUGUGCUCUAAAUUUUCCAGUAAUGCAGCUCAGCCAUUGCAGUGCAUCAGUACAACAGACACACACUAACCUGUCCACCUGUUACAGGGCGCCGUUACUUUUGUCUUAACUGAACAGCUACGUUUAUUGUCUUAAUGUUUGGGUUGCCUUUGGAAUUGCUUUCUUAUAAGUUAUUAAUUUGAACGACUGAUUUUUGUAAAACGUUCUUUAUACUUGUGCGUGCAGUUGAAAUAAAUAAGUGAUUUGAACUCGACAGCGUAACCCGUAAAUAAAAUCACAGCAACUCUUCGCCACUUAUACGUCUCCUUGUGCGUAAAUUUACACAAACCAAUAGGAUAUGAACCUAUUUCCGAACUGGAUUUUCACGAACAGCAUAUUUCUGGUGCAAACGCUCCUGCGAAGGAUUUCCGAAUAAAUGUGUUCGUAUCCAGUUUGAUACAUGAGGCUCGUUGCAAAUGUGUCACAGCUCAACAGGAAAAAGAAAACACGAUGGAAAAUUUCCACCAACAGUGGAAUGCUUACAGUAUGAGACUUCAGUAUUAGCGCCACUCGUAUUUCUUGUACAGCCACGUUAACAUCAGCGAACAGGUCGAUGCACAUGCAUCAAAGUAUUUAUCAGAUUUGAUACAGUAGCCUGAUCAUCUGUGUAUAAGAUCGGUGAUUAGUCAUAGCUAGCUUGCUAGCUAUAGGAAAGUGAACAAGGCUGAAAGGUGCGGCAGUGUUAUUUCUUUUGUUUGUUUAGUUUGAUGAAUGCUGAAUCUCAGCUGUGUUUUUGUUCCCAGUUUGCAGUUACCUUGUUAUUUUUCGUGUCGUGCGCCGAUCUUCUAUCAUUUCAUAGUAUGAUGAGUUCAGAAGGAAAGUUUGGCAUCUACGUUGAUCAGAAAACACUUUCUUACAUUCUUGUUGGGUUGUUGACAUGUUUGUGGGUGGAGAUAAGUGUUUUUUGUUUUUGUUUCUUUCCCCCCCCACGACCAGAAAAAUAGCUGAGACAUCAUUAUAUUCAGCAAAAGUUUGACCGAAUGGACAAAAGUUAAAUUUUCAUGCAUUGUCGUUUUCUUCUCAUUUUGUAUUUUUUUUCCCCCCUAGACACCGCAACGCCGUUGUAAACGUUUUCUUUUUGCUGCUCUUUUUCACUUUAUCUCUGUGUUGCUUUUGUGUUAAAUGUUAUGUAUGAGUCAAAUAUUAUAAAUUACAGCUUCAUAUCUGA